AUGGGAGAACUGAAGUUUUUCCUUGAACUACAAGUAAAUCAAACAAACAACGAAACUUACAUUCUUCAAACCAAGUAUAUGACAGAACUUCUAAAUAAGUUCAACAUGGAUGAUGCAAAAGAAAUGAAGACACCUAUACAUCCAACCACAUACCUAGGGCUGGACGAAGAAUCUAAAAAGUUGUACAGAACCCAAUAUAGAGCAAUGAUUGGAUCAUUGUUAUACCUUACAGCGUAUAGGCCUGAUAUAAUGUUCAGUGUUUGCUUAUGUGCAAAGUUCCAAAAAGAACCAAGGAAAGUCAUUUUAUCUGUUGUUAAACGCAUUUUUAGAUAUCUUAUUGGAACUUAUAACCUUGGUUUAUGCUUUAAAAGAACGAAAGAUUUUGGACUCACAAGCUACUGUGAUGUUGACUAUGCUGGAGAUAAGCUUGAAAGGAAGAGUAAUAGUGGAAGUUGUCACUUCAUUGGUGGCAACUUGGAUAUGUAA